GUUCAAGUGCUCGGCCGUUCACUACGUCUCACUAUUUCUUUUUGUUUCAACCGUCAAGUUACUAUCCAAAAGUUGAUUAAAAAUGCCUAAACGCAAGAACAAGGAUUGUGAUAGUGAUGAUUACAUUCUACGAAAGAUAAAAAAGCUAGAAAAGAAGUUGAAAAGACGUACUCGAAAGAGGUCUUCGAGUGUAACUUCUGAGGAUUCAAAUCUAGCGUUGUCAUUACAAGAAGACACCCACCAUGAAGAAUCUGCGGAGUGUACUGUCGAGAAUGAACACAUUAUUGAUGAUGGAAAUAACACAACUGAGUUAUCUCCUACGGGAAUCCAAGAUUCCACGUUACAGAUCACACAACCUGACCUUUUAAGCACGGAUCCUAAUCUACCUACGACAUCGACAGCAUCAUCAGAACCUGCCAUUGUCUUGGAUGAAAGCAUUUUGGAACUAUUAGGUGAAACUCCUUCCAAAAAUAAAACCUAUGGGCCGGCAAUACAAGCUGAACUCGCCGUUCGUUGGGAACAUAUUGCCACUACGGGCCUUUCUAAAGAUAUGAAAAAGGAUCUACUUGAAAAACACCAUCUACCGGAAAACUGUUUGAAGAUUGGCGCCCCAAGUUUAAAUCCCGAAGUAAAAGCUGCAUUAUCCGAUAAUCUGGUUAAAAAAGACAAGGUUAUCGAAUCAAAACAAAACCAACAAGCAACUGCAAUAUCUUGUAUUAGUCAGGCCUUGACGAAAAUAUUCGCAAGUCAAACCAAGGAUGCUGAGGUUAUUAAGUUACUGAUCGAUGGGAUUAGGCUCCUAUGCGAUUCUCAAUAUGUCGAGUCUAUGGCUCGUCGAAGUUUCGUAACCUCUACUAUAAAAAAGGAUAUUAAGGACCACUUAUAUACCACGGAUGUCGACAGUUUUCUAUUUGGGGAAAAACUAUCGGACACUCUAAGAUCUGCAAAAGCAAUAAAUAAAUCUGGAGCUGAAAUGAAGACUUCAGCACCGAGCCAGCCUAGACCUGCAAACUACACACAAAAUAAACCCGGUCAACAACGUUUUUUAAACUCAAAGCCUCCGCUUCCAUUUACGAGGCAGGCGGGAGUAAGGAGGUCAACACCUGCGACGCAGCAACCUCGCCGAUACCAAGCUCCUCAUCCGACGCAAGCGCCCCCGCCGAGCACGGCCUCCGGACACCAGCGGACGCCGCUAGCGCCGCCGCAGCGCUCGCGCGGGCAGACUCAGACACGCCGGUAG